CCCCGAGCAGCGCACCCAGGAAGCCGAGGCCGCAGACCGGCGCUUUCCGCAGUGCUCCGCCAAGCCCUUGGUGUAGUACCCGAGCUGAAGAGAAGGUGGGCGCCGCAACGUGGCUGCAGUGCUUAUCUCUAAAAUUUGAAACAAGUCUGUAUUCAUGAAGAGUGACUGCAUUCAAACCACAAUAUGCCAAGAAAGAAAAAAAGAUCCAAUAGAAAUGUUUCAUUCUGGGCAGCUGGUGAAAGUCUGUGCACCAAUGGUUCGAUAUUCAAAGUUGGCUUUUAGAACACUAGUAAGAAAAUACAGUUGUGAUCUGUGCUACACACCAAUGAUAGUUGCUGCUGAUUUUGUCAGAUCUAUAAAAGCCAGAGACAGUGAAUUUACCACAAACCAAGGUGAUUGCCCCUUGAUUGUUCAAUUUGCUGCUAAUGAUGCAAGACUUUUAUCUGAUGCUGCUCGUAUAGUCUGUCCUUAUGCGAAUGGAAUAGACAUUAACUGUGGUUGCCCUCAGAGGUGGGCAAUGGCAGAAGGUUAUGGAGCUUGCUUAAUAAACAAGCCAGAGCUUAUUCAAGAUAUGGUGAAACAAGUAAGAAACCAAGUGGAAAAUCCCAGAUUUUCAGUAUCUAUUAAAAUAAGGAUCCAUGAUGACCUUACAAGGACUGUAGAUCUUUGUCGAAAGGCUGAAGCAACAGGAGUUUCCUGGAUUACAGUCCAUGGAAGAACUGUUGAAGAAAGACAUCAACCAGUUCACUAUGACGCCAUGAAAAUAAUUAAGGAAAGUAUGUCUAUACCUGUAAUUGCUAAUGGAGACAUCAGAAGCUUACAAGAAGCAGAAAAUGUGUGGCAUAUUACUGGGACAGAUGGUAAGAAAUCAAAAAAAAUGACACUCCAGUGGGCGGCAGUUGCAGCCUUUCUUUAUGCUGAAAUAGGACUCAUUUUACUCUUCUGCCUGCCUUUUAUUCCUCCUCAGAGAUGGCAGAAGAUUUUUUCAUUUACCGUCUGGGGUAAAAUUGCAACCUUCUGGAACAAGGCUUUUCUUACCAUUAUAGUCCUAUUGAUUGUUCUGUUUCUAGAUGCUGUGAGAGAAGUAAGGAAAUAUUCCUCUACUCCUGCCAUUGAAAGAAGCUCAACCAACAGACCUGGUGCCUAUGAACAUGUACAGAUGAAACUUUUUAGGUCUCAAAGAAAUCUUUACAUUUCUGGAUUUUCAUUAUUUUUUUGGCUAGUGUUGAGACGUCUGCUUAGCCUUAUUACUCAGCUGGCAAAGGAACUGUCAAUCAAAGGAGUGUUUAAAACAGAAGCAGAAAGUACUAAUGAGGCUGCCAAAAAAUUCAUGGAAGAGAAUGAAAAACUGAAACAGCUCCUGAAAAGCUAUGGCAAGGAAGAGGAACACAUUUUGGAAGCAGAAAAUAAAAAACUAAUAGAAGACCAGGAGAAAUUGAAAACUGAAUUAAAGAAGACUUCAGAUGCCCUUUCUAAGGCACAGAAUGAUGUGAUGAUAAUGAAGAUGCAAUCAGAGAGACUUUCAAAAGAAUACGACCGACUCCUAAAAGAACACUCAGAACUUCAGAGAAUUACUGGCAUGCAUUCUAGUUUGGGUUAAAUUUUAAGCAAAAGAUUUAGCCAUAAAAAUGGUGACAUUUAAAAACAGACUGGAAACAAAGGAUCACUCAGGGAAAGGCUCUAAGAAAGCCCUGUGAACUCUAUGAAAGAAGACUGUGAUACUCUGUGUCAGGAUGGUAUAUUUGUUACCAUGUUAGCCUCCAGAAAAUUUGAAAUUCAGUUCAGGAAAAUGUACUGUCUAUGACUGGCCAACAGUUUCUUAAUGCCACACACAGGCUGUUAUCAUAAUACAUUAUCACAAAUCUGAUGCUUUAUGCAUAUUGUAAAGUCUGUAUUUCAGCUCUGUAGUAAAAUAAUAAGCAUGUUAAAUAUCUUACUUAGAUAUUGAUAGUCACACUGGUGUAUGAUGGCUCUUUACCAAUAAAAGGAAGAAUUCAUUAGCCAGUUAGUUCAAAAAUUAGACUUUAAUUGCAUGAAACCAUUUAAAGACAAAAGCUUUGAUGAGUUUCCAAUAAUAAUAAUAGUAAUAUAUUUAAUCAGAUGGUGAUGAUAAUGCAUUUGAAAGUAGUAUUCAGUAUCAGCAAAUUUGUUCAUGAGGUGAUGAAAUAAAGAUAAAUGGUCAGAAUUAACCACUGUAUUUACAGGGAAGAAUCAGAAAGGCAAAAAACAAAAACAAUGACCUAAGUUGGUUUUUUAGGCCUGAUAGUACUAUAAUUUACUCUCGGAGAGCAACUAUAUUGAUAAUUAUGUUUUUGUUACUGUGCUUCUGCACCGGUUGGACUGUUUUUGUUGACAUUUGUGUUAAUAAUACAUAAUUAGUAAGAGUUCUACCUUUUUAUAAAUUUUACCUAGGAAUGAAGUUUACAUCUAUUUACAUAACUGCUAUAGCUCUGAACUGAAAUUACUUUACAACAGUGUAGAAUUGUUGACUUAGAAAGUUAAUGUAUAACAUAUCCAAAAAAAGCAGUGUUUCCCAUCACUGAAAAUUGCUAGUUAUAUGAAUAUUACCUCAAAUAUACAUACACUGGUGUCAGUUUCUCUUGAGCUGUUUCUGUAUUCUGAAAACUAUUAAAUACUAUUUUUCCACUCAAAUACUCAUGUAGAAUUCCUUUAGAAGAUGAUAAUGUGAUGUUAACAUGAUUUAGGUUGUUGCAGUGGUUAGACAUGAAAGUCAUCUUUUGUCUCAUAAAGACCUAAGAGAAAAUGGAAAAUAAUGACAAGUUUUUACUUUCCUGAUAAUUUGUUUUAUCCUUUGUUGUUUAUUAUCAUUUUAGUACCAACUUUACAUGUAUUUAUUUAUUUUUCAUUGUAAAGUAGAUGAAAUGAGCAAGUACAAUAACAGUUUUAUUUUAGAUAAAAGUCAGGAGUUACUGCUAGAAAACAGACAUGUAGGAGACAUUUAACAGGAGUGAGAAAUGGGAGUGAGACCAUAUGGGCUGACAACACCAUCAAUAAUGAGGAAAUGGAGUGCUGAAAUGGGAAAGAGCUAAACAAAUGACAGCUCGGAGUAUCAACUUAGAAAUAUCAGUGAGAGCUGCAUGGGUACAUACAUAGAUGCAGAGUGUUUAUGAUCUGGGCCUGCUGUACAGAAAUCAAGUCUAAUGACAGAACUUACAGAAAGUAGAAAAUAGCUUUAGAAUUGGCAGACCAGCUUCACCACUCAUUUAGCCAUGUGAUUCUAAACAAAUUACUCAAACUUGCUAGACUUCUAUCUUCUCAUCUCCAAAAUGGAAAUAAUAACAUUUUGUUCAGGAUGACUUUAUACACUGAGAUUCUCAAACCUUGUUCAGACUAUACAGAAAGGGGAAAGUCUGAUUGCUCUUUGAAGAGCAUGAGGAUUUGAAAGAUUCUCAGAAAGUACUUUAUACAUUUAAGCACGGUAAUCAGACUUCAACCCUCUCAAUUUUACAGAUCUGCAACCUGAUGCCUUAGAAAUUUGAGCAGUUUGCCAAGGUGACAUGUGGUUAGGUUCAGGGACAGCAUCUGAGUCUUGAAUUCAGAUAGCCUUGUUCCCCAGAUGUUACUCUAGUCUUUAUAGUCAAAUUAGCUAUAAUUUGCUAAACAAAAUAUUGAUGUAUUAGCCAGAGUUUAAACCAAAGAGUUGGGCUCCAGUCUGUGUUCUUUACUACCUUAUAACUGCCUCUCAAGCUUAUGUCUGUUAGUUCUUACUACUGCCCUUGCCAUGAUGGUGUUCAGCAAAUCCUAUUAUAAAUAAACAUGUAUCCGUGGAUUUA